GAUACGCGAGAUAGAUCCCCACUGCCGGGCUCGGCUUACGGUCGGCCACUGUCGGCGAACGAGGCGACGAGGCGACGGCCAGGGUCGCGCGUCUCACGAAGGCAGUCGAGUAGCGCGACUUGAGGGGAACUGCCGCACGUCAAAAUGAGAUCUUUUUCGCCGCAAGAGGACGAACUAUUAAUAGAACUGGUGUACAACAAUCCGCCACUGUACGACAACAGGCUCCCGACUUACAAAGACAAUGCCGCGCGGGAGAAAAUCUGGAACGAUAUUAGAAAAAUAUUGAAGAGACCAAGUGAUGACUGUAAAAAACGAUGGAAGUACAUAAGAGACUCCUUCAACAGAUGUAAACGUAGGUCCUUCAAAACAACCAAAUGGAUAAUGAUCGAAAAACUACGUUUUCUAGAGAAAUUUCCAAUAGAAAAAUCUAGUUCUGCAAAAUCUCAAGAAAUAGAAAGCAAUGAGGAGAGAAAUGAAACACCAAUAAAUUCAGAGGAUGUAAAAGAUGAAUUAAAUGGGGACGUCAUUAUUACUAGUGAUGUAGACAUAAAACCAGAUAUAAUUUUUAGUGAAAUAUUUCCAAUUGAUAUAAAUCCAUCAACGAGCAGUAUACAGACAUACACUUCAGAAGCAACAAAUACCGAACAUGUUUCUAUGGAAAUCGUCCAAAAUAAUGAAAUCAUUCCAAAUAACACACCGACCACAAACCAUACUGAUAUUCGGUCUGAGAAAAAAAAUAGAAAACGCAAAAGAACCAACGAAUUUAAUACCAGCCUCAUAAAAUUUUGGCAGGACAAAGAAAAAACUAUGCAGGAGCAAAUGAAACUUUUACAAUCCAAACAGGCACUUGUGGAUCGUGAAGAGGUUAAAUCUUUUUGUGCUCAUAUUGAAUCUGUUUUAUUUAAGUUGUCACCGGCCUUAAGAGUUGUAGCAAAAACAAAACUAUUUAAUAUAUUGACUGAGUAUGAAAUGAAAUCUUUGGAGGAAAACGAUACAUCUAAUACUAGCCAACCUAUUACUAUGGUGUCUCUUAAUACAUCGAGUUCAAGUUCUUCUGAAGUCGAAGAACCUUAA